ACUGAAUUCCUUUUGCAAGAGGAACAAAUUGGGGGGGAAAUCCAGAAGCUUGGUAGACUGGAAGAGUCAUUGAACUUGGCUUCCCCGCGAUAUUUUGCAAGCAAGAAGCAGUUGUCUAAUUGCACUCAGAGGAACUACCUGUUCAUCGUUAAUCAUUCCUUUUCUGUUUGCUUUACCUACGUAGGAAUCAAGGCAAUCGCUUUAGUUACACAGAUGCCACAACUCACUAUGACUGGAAGGGCUUUUCUGAUGUAAACUCGGUAAAGAGGUGAAGUACAGGAGCCCUCCUGUGUCGCAGUUCCAAUGGAGCUGCUAUCAUCCUUCGUGUUCUGCAUCAUUUUGCUCUGUUCGAAUGCCCAAAACCAGUCCUUUGUGGCUUCCGCAGACUGCAAUGACACAGAAGAGGAUGCAGGGGUGGCCCUCGACUUGAUCAAUAAACAUCGCAGGGAUGGCUACAUAUUCAGCUUGCUGCGGGUUGCGGAUGCUCAUGUUCAAUAUGUUGAAAAUGCAUCCAUCUUUUACUUCACUCUGGAUGUGCUGGAAACAGAAUGUCCUGUUAUAUCCAGGAAACACUGGGCGUCUUGUGAACUCGGAUCAUUCCUAGGCACCUCGAACUUUGGGCGAUGUCAUGCUGUUAUCUAUAUCAAUCGACUGUUAAGAAUAACAAGGUUGUACGGGUAUAACUGCACUAUGAGCCCAGUUCCACCACCAUUAUAUGAAUGCAAGCGAUGUCCGGUGAGAAUAAUAGUCUUAGAAAAUGUUCAGCAGUACACAGAAGAAGCUGAGAGGAUCCUAGAGAAACACAAUCAAGACAGCAACCAGACCUACCAUUUCAAAGUGGAUAAAGUCACAAAAGUUUUAAUGGGGGUAGCAGAUCGCACUGCAUAUCGUGUGGAAUUUACCAUAAGGGAGACAACGCGCCCCAAAACCAGGUGUGAAUUUCUUCAUGAUAGACAAAUGCAUACCGGGUUCUGUAUAGGCAGAGUACUUAAUGGCACAAAAGACCCUGAAGGUGUUGAAGUAGAGACCUGUGAAAUCUACGAUAUCCCUCACGAAAACUCUGGGAGACAUCCCAUCCACCACCACCAAUACGAUUCGGGAGAACACCAUCGCCACUGCAACGUUUCUGGGUGCAAAUGCCCAUUCCCAGGGCACAGACAUCACCAUUCACACCACCACCACCACCAUCGUCCUCCCCACCACCACCAUUGUCCUCCUCCCCACCACCACCAUCGUCCUCCCCACCACCACCAUCGUCCUCCCCACCACCAUCAUCGUCCUCCCCACCACCACCGUUGUCCUCCCCCCCACCAUCAUCAUAAACAUAGACACUGCCAAAGUCACUGUGGCCCUGCCGGGCCCAUAGGUCCUUAUAAUUCCUCCAAAGAGAGCCAAGAAAAAGACUAUCCUGGCGUUCCUCCUCCCCCUGGACCCCGUUACCCACCUCCACCCCCAGGCGGCCCACAUCACUUUCCUCCUAGCCGAUUUCCCCCACCUCCCCCUGGUCCUCCACCUCCCCCUGGCCAACCAUUCUGGCCUCCCCCUCCUCAUCACCCUCCAAAAGAACCCUAUUUCCAUCCCAAUGGCUCCCAGUACGGCUACCAGCAUGACCACAAGAAGAGGAAAGCAUUGCAUGAAAUAGGUGGAGUCAGCUCCUCAGAGGAACAUGUUUCGUUCCGGUCCCCUCAUUCUCUCCUUGAGGUCGAUUCGGUCUAUCACAUUCCACUGGAGAGUGAACACGACAUCCUCCAAGAUCCUGGUGCAGACUUCUCUUACCCUUUGCACAAGACACCCGUACCUCGGCCAUUUCCAAUAACCCCGUCGGAAUCAGAAUCGUGUCCAGGACAGCCCAAAAUUGACCUGCGAUUUGACCUUCUGUCUUUGUAUCCUCCUCCCCCUAUAAACAGAAUCCAUUUCCAUUAAAUGGAAGUGCUUAUAAUUAGGAAUGCGUAGCUUGAUUGACAUCACCAAUAUGGUGUUACAGCCUCUGAAUUACAGCCCAGAAAAUUAAAGCAUGUAUGUGCCAUUAAAAAAAAAAAAAAAGCUGUGAUUUUCUUCAUUUCUGGAUAUAAAGAAAAUUGGAUACAUGGAAAGAAGUGC